AUGGCAGUAGAGAAACGAUCUAAAGAUGGGCCCAAGAAGAAAAUUUCUCCACCACAACAGCGACAGAUAUAUGACCCACGAUACUUCGCCUGGCCCAGCAGAUUUUGGAUGCUUUUUAAUGUGUUCGGCAUUGGGCUUCUCAUAGCAUCUACAUUGUCUCCAGCCCGUAUACCAACAUUCUUGGGACCUAUUGCUACGUAUGGAAGGUUUAUGGGGACCACAUAUCCGAAUGCCUGUGUAUACCUGUGCGCUUUCACUCUCAUUGCUCACAUCACACAAGCAGCUUUUGCAGGAAAAGUUUGCCAUGACCGAGGCAUGGCGACAUCAACAACAGUAAAAUGGGUGUUUUCAACUUUACUGUUUGGAUUUUCAUCACUGGUGCUUCGGCUGCUCCCACAUAAACCAGUCUUGAAAACAGCAUAA